GUAACUGAAUAAACGGGUAAGAGUCGGUGAGUGUAUGUGUUUCAUAUGCUGUAACACAGGACUGUGAGACUGUGUGUUUAUUUUUGGCUCAGUGCGAGCGUGUCGAUGGCUGCCGAUGCGUCGCAAAGGAAAGCUCUGAGAUACCAGCAAACCCUGCUGUACGGGGAAUACCGGGAGCAGCUGGGUAAUGUUGCCAGACGGGAGGCCACACGUCUGUUGACUGAAAGGCAACGGAAGAGGCAUGCCGGCAAUGCCAAGGCAACCAGGAGAGGCCAUGGCCGAGCACAUCAUGCCAGCCUGGAUGUGGGGCCCAUGACAUCAGGUUUAAGCCCCUCCUCCUCUAUAAAGAAGCCACGCCCUUAUUCCAAAUGCCAGGACUGUCUGGGCCGUAUCCAGAGGUACAUGGUGACAAAGCUGGGGGAGGACUGGAUCUUCUUGGUUCUUUUGGGUCUCACUAUGGCUCUGGUUAGCUGGAGCAUGGACUAUGCCAGUGCCAAGAGCUUACAAGCAUAUAAGUGGAUGUAUGGAGAGCUGAAAGGGAAUGUGGCUCUGCAGUAUCUGGCCUGGGUCUCAUAUCCCAUCAUCCUCAUCGUGUUUGCGUCCCUUUUCUGUCAUCUGGUCGCUCCACAAGCUAUAGGCUCUGGGAUCCCUGAACUCAAGACCAUCCUCAGAGGUGUGGUUUUAAAGGAGUAUCUGACACUCAAAGCAUUUGUGGCUAAAGUCAUUGGUCUUACGGCUGGUCUGGGCAGUGGGAUGCCCAUCGGGAAGGAGGGUCCCUUUGUGCAUAUUGCCAGUAUAUGUGCAGCAGUGCUGAGCAGAGUCAUGUCCAUCUUCACGGGUGUGUAUGAGAACCCCUAUGGUUACACAGACAUACUGACUGUAGGAUGUGCUGUUGGGGUGGGCUGCUGUUUCGGGACUCCUCUUGGAGGUGUGUUGUUCAGUAUUGAGGUCACGUCAACAUAUUUUGCAGUGAGGAAUUACUGGAGAGGAUAUUUCGCUGCCACGUUCAGUGCCUUCAUAUUCCGAGUGCUGUCCGUGUGGAACAAAGAUUCUGUCACGAUAACAGCUUUGUUUCGUACAAACUUCCGUAUGGACUUCCCUUUUGACCUGCAGGAACUGCCAGCUUUUGCAAUAAUCGGGAUCUCAUGUGGCUUUCUAGGGGCGUUCUUUGUCUAUCUGAACAGACAAGUUGUUCUGAUCAUGAGGAGACAGACGGCUCUUACGCGCUUUCUCACAAAACAUCGGUUGAUUUACCCUGGUGCCGUGACACUAAUUAUAUCCUCCAUCACAUUUCCUCCGGGCUUUGGCCAGUUCAUGGCUGGAGAGCUGAUGCCCAGAGAGUGCAUUAAUUCACUAUUUGAUAACUUCACUUGGACAAAGAUCUGGGGUUUACCGACCCCUCCCGGAUUGGGUCGCUCUGCUGCCUGGCUCCACCCACAAGUCAGCGUCUUCGUCAUCCUCCUCCUCUUCUUUGUCAUGAAGUUUUGGAUGUCUGCGGUCUCUACAACAAUGCCGGUCCCUUCUGGAGCUUUCAUGCCUGUUUUUAUAUUGGCAGGAGCAGCAUUCGGCCGUUUGGUGGGUGAGAUCAUGGCCACGCUUUUCCCGAAUGGAAUUAUGUUUGAUGGGAUCGUGUACCAAAUCCUGCCUGGAGGCUACGCAGUGAUAGGGGCAGCAGCUAUGACAGGAGCAGUCACACACACCGUUUCAACUGCAGUGAUCUGUUUUGAACUGACGGGUCAAAUCUCUCACAUCCUGCCCAUGAUGGUGGCCGUUAUUCUUGCCAACAUGGUGGCACAGGGUCUACAGCCGUCUCUUUAUGACUCCAUCAUUCAGGUCAAAAAGCUGCCCUAUCUCCCAGAGCUCGGCAUUGGCCACAUCAGUAAAUAUAAUAUCUUUGUGGAGGACAUCAUGGUGAAGAAAAUAAAGUUUCUGUCACCUCAGUCCACUUACAGAGAGCUGAAAGAUCUGCUGGAGUCCACGUCUCUCAAAACCAUCCCGCUCGUUGACUCCAAAGAGUCAAUGAUUCUGUUGGGCUCAAUUGAGAGAUGUGAACUUCAGGCCGCCAUUGAUUGGUGGCUCUCAGCCGAGAGGCGGGUUUAUAGCCGAGGUGAGGGCGUGCCCAGCCCGGGGUCACAGGUCAGCUGGGAGUCCUUCGCCUUUGUGGAUGAGGAGGUCGGAGAGGAGAAUGGAGAUAAGGGUAACACAGUCUCUGAAGAGCGUAACGGCCCACUGGGGUCCCCUAAAACCACAGACAUCUCCACUAAUCACACCACAUCUGGUGCCCUGCAGUCCAUGAGGAGGACACUUCGUCGUCUUUUCUCCUCGUCUUCCUCAUCAGGGCAGACUGAGCCAGAGAGCCCUGCAGCUCCUCCUGUAGAUGAUAACAUGACUCCUGAAGAGAUCAAAGCCUGGGAAGAGGAAGAGCUGGAUAAGCCGAUUGACAUUGAUCAGAUCCGUGUUGACCCCUCACCUUUUCAGCUGGUUGAGAGAACAUCUCUGCAUAAGACUCACACGCUGUUCUCUCUGCUGGGUCUCAGUCAUGCAUAUGUAACCAGUAUUGGUAAACUGGUCGGGGUGGUUGCACUUAAAGAGCUCCAGAAAGCGAUCGAGGGUUCGACUCGUAGCGGAGUGCGACUGCGUCCCCCUCUGGCCAGUUUCAGAGACGCGAGACGCAAGGCCAAAAAGCCUUCUCAUUCCCCUUCCGUCCAGUCCUCUCCCACACGGGACAGAGAGCUGUGGAGCGAGGGAGUGAAAAGAGAGACUGAAGACGAGUCGGUUAGAAGUUGCAUCCAGAAAGCGGAGAAAGAGUGUGAUGUCGCCACGGGCAACAGCAGCAGAAGUGCCGUCAGCACCUCUCAGGAGCAACUGCCUUCCCCUUCUUCCACACUCCCUCUCUCCUCUCUUCAUCCUGUGCCUGAAACGGAGGCGGAUGCUGAUAGAGAGAGUGAUGAGGAGCCUUUAUAGGUCUAUUGUUUUGUAAUUUACUCAAAUUCAGCCCUCCAGGGGGAGGCAAACCAUAUUAUGGUGCUGCCUUUGAGCCCAGCAUGGGUCGCUGCACAAUCUGACUUGGUUUAUUCUCUACUCUCUGGACUGG